AUUUGACGUGAAAGCGAGAAAGUAGCGUUUUCUAACAGACUAAAAGGACACAGUGAUAACAACUCGUCGUACCGUCGUUACUCAAGAAGCUAAUCUCCCUGUUUUUUUCCUGUAACGUUAGGUUUACGACAUUGGUGAACCUGCUUUGCUAGCGCGUUGAGGAAUUGCUGCUUCAGUGAUGGCUCGACUCGUCAAGAAAUCUCCGUCGCUUUGUACGGAUCUACCGCUGGACAACACUGAUAUUUGUAACAGGCUCCAUUUGCUAAGACAGCUUUUGAGAUCUUGUAUUGGUCCGACAGGUAGACUAAAACAAGUUCACAACAACAUCGGAGGGCACGUUAUAACUACCUCCACCUCCUCAGUUCUCCUUCCAGCCAUUUCUUCCUCACAGUCGUUUAUAAAUCUGAUCAAAACCUCCAUUCUCAACCAUGUUUCUCGUUUCAGUGACUGUGGUUUGUUUGCUGCCCUUCUUUGUUUGUCUCUUAUUGAGCAAGCAAAGCAGUCUGGUCUCCGAGGAAACGUGGCUACCACCGUGAACCAGCACUUGUUGGGUCUGUGCACUAGUUACCUUCAACGACAAGACUGUGGUUGUAAAGUGAAGCUCGACUUCUGCAGCAGCCAAAGCUUGAUCACAUUGGCUCGCAGUAUUGUCUCUAGCAAACCAGCAUGUGUGCUAACAGAGCAAGAGGCACUUCACAUCAGCAAGUUGGCUGUACAAGCUUUUUUGCUGACUGUUCCCUGUAACAGCCCGGGUGUAGUCAGUCUUGGCAAAAUAGUGACCGUCUCUGUUGAAGGCCACUCUGUGCUAAACUCUGCAGUGUUUCCAGGUUUACUGCUGGACAUGCCUGAUGUCUUUUUCCUCAACAAGGUAGAGAACCUGCAUUCAAAUCCAACGUGCAUGGUGUUGUUCAGUGCAUCUCUUGCUGGAGACCUUUCUGACCUAGGAGGGAUAAUUGAGGUGCAUCCGGGUGUAGACACAGACUCGCAGAUACUGGAUCAGCUCCUAAAGCUUGGCAAUCAAGUGGUUAAAGAUGAGGUGAAGCUCUUCGUAUGCCAGAAGGUCAUACACCCAGUCCUACAGCACCACCUGAGGAGUCAUGGCAUCAUAGUGAUAGAGAGACUGGGAAUCACUCUCAUGGAGCCACUUGCACAGCUGACAGGUGCUCAGCCUGUGGCCACAAUGCACACCACAAUCCCAGCCAAGGCCUACGGGAGGGUGGUUUGCCACAAGACUGAACAUGUGUUGAGGCUCACCCUGAGGGAACCAUCUGCCUUACUUGGAGGUGGGUGUACUGAGACCCACUUAGCUGCCUACGUAAGACACAAGAGCAUGGACAACGUCACAGAGACAGUAUCUGUACUUGGGUGCUCACAGACAGAGUACCUUUGUGGCGUGGAGGGAUUUUGCCGAUCUCUGGAGUCUGUGGCCGCAGCGCUGGAGCACGACGGGGGAAAUUCUUUAAUGGAUCUGACUCAUGCUCACCACUGGAGUACCCGUGCAAAUGUCAUGGAAGAACUCACGGAGGGUAGCUCAGGCUUUUGUGGCUGUGGACUGGUGGAAAGUAGCACUAAUCAGAAGUGGACGUACUUAAACACUAAAUACCCACAGUUCUCCCCUGCACCUCUUUUUAGAGUCCCUACUGUGCAGCCACGUGUGCUUGACUCCUUCACAGCUAAACUCAAUGCAUUGCAAGUUGCUGUAGAAACUGCUAAUCUUGCACUGGAUGUGCGAUAUUUAAUUCAAGAUAUGAACUAGCAAAAUAAGUAUUUUAUCCACUGUGGAACUCUGGUUUAUAAUGAU